AUGUCGCAGACGUUGCAGAACGUCAGUCUUGUAGUACAGCUUGGUAGGACUUCUCUUGUGGGAAGUCAGAGACUGCAUUCUGAUCAUCGUCUUGGUAGGGCCCAAUGCGGCGGCACUGGCUGGGCUGGACCAACUUGUUGCGUCAGCGGCAGCAAUUGUGUUGCCCAAGGUGAAUGGUAUUCGCAAUGCACCCCAUCCGGGGGCACCUCGCCUUCUCCGCCAUCCGCUCCACCCCCCACAUCUGGGACAUCAGCAUGCGUGGCAACCGCUGACGGCUUUGCCUCACUCAAUGGAGGAACGACUGGUGGUGCGGGCGGAACAAUUAUCACUGUCACUAACCAAUCCGACCUUGAGAAAUAUGCCAGUGCUUCGGGCCGGCAUGUCAUCAAGGUUCAAGGCCGAAUCACCAUUGUACCAUUUGGUAAAGAGGUUCGAGUCUCAAGCGAUAAAACCAUUGUGGGCCUUGGAUCAACGGGCGAGAUUUACCAAGGUGCGUUCCAAUGUUGUGUAGUCAUCAGUAAUACUUCAGCUAAAAGACCAAGGCGGCUUUGCCAUCCAUGGGGUUCGCAACGUCAUCAUUCGAAACCUCAAGAUCGGAAACACGCCGAUGACUACAGAGAACGACUACGAUGGGAUUCAAUCUGUUUGCUGGAGAAUGGCGGCGAUGGGUUGCUCGAUCUGCGAAAAGACACAACGUUCUUUACAGUGUCCAACAACAUCUUCCGGAAUCACGAUAAGGCUUUUGGUAUCGGUUGGACGGAAAACAUUGUUGCGCGCGGCACCAUCCACCACAAUUGGUUCGACCGUACAAACCAACGCAACCCAAGCGCCGACAACCUUGCUCAGUGUCAUCUCUACAACAAUUAUGUCUUGGGAGUGACUUCAUAUGGUCACUACGCCCGUGGAUCGACGAAUGCUCGGGUGGAGAAUGUCUACUUUGAGAGUUGCCGCAAUCCCUUGACCAAGGAUUCAGGAGCGAUUCUUAAUGCUUCGGGUAACAUCUAUCAGUCAUACACUGGAACUGUGGCUGCAAACUCAGGCACAGCGUUCCAGCCGCGCGACUACUACAGCUAUACUCUCACAGCAACAGCCGAUGUACCUUCUUAUGUCAAGGCCAAUGCAGGACCCAGGGCAUCAGUGUGCCCUUCGUAA